GCAGGCUUACUCCAGCGCUGAAGAAGGGGCGCUAACGGGCUCACACUGCUGAGUUUCCCCCGGCAGCGGUCGCAGGAGACUGGAGAAGUUGAGCUGAAACUGCAAACACUUCGAAUCCGGUACUUAGCGGCGAAAAGCACUCAGGAGAGGAGGCAGCAGGUGAACUUACAAAACCCCAAACCACCGCUUGAUCAUGGGCAAAUCAGCUUCCAAACAAUUUGCUGAAGACAUCUUGAGAGCACACAAUGACUACAGGAAGAAACAUGGAGUCCCUCCAUUAAAACUCUGCAAGAAGUUAAACAGAGGAGCCCAGCAGUAUGCAGAAGAACUGGCUACCACAAGGGUCCUCAAACACAGCUCUGAGUCUGCUAAUGGAAAAUGUGGAGAAAACCUAGCAUGGGCAUCCUAUGACCAACCAGGAAAGGAUGUGGCUGACAGAUGGUACAAUGAAAUUAAAAAUUACAGCUUUCAAAACCCAGGGUUUUCUUCUGGGACAGGUCACUUCACAGCAAUGGUUUGGAAGAGCACAAAGAAGAUGGGAGUCGGAAAAGCAUCUGCUAGUGAUGGCUCAACGUUUGUGGUGGCUAGAUAUGAUCCAGCUGGAAAUGUAGUAAAUCCAGGCUAUUAUGAAGAAAAUGUCCUUCCUCCGCGAAAAUAACUUCUUUUUUUUCUUUUCUUUUUUCUUUUUUUUUUUUUUUAAGGUAGCCUUAUUGCUUAAUGACAAGUGAACCUGGAUUUGGACUUGACAGUGUUUGAAAUGAAGCACGAGUCAAUGACAUUUCCUGUUUGAUACUGCUAUUCACUUCUCAUUACAGAGGAAGCAAUGACGUGUUACUUGAGUCAAUCUGCACAUUAGGUCCCUGUUGUUUCUGAGGGGGCUUCAGUUUAGCUGAGGAUGAAGUACAUGCAGAAUUUCUGAAGGGUAACAUUUAUAAGUUGUUUUGUUUUUUAAUAGCUUGCAUGAACUCUGUGUCAGCAUGUGAGUAAGCACAUGUUGGAUGUCUUUUUUUAAGUGAGCGAAUUUAUAGCUUUCUGUAAACUGAAGAUACCAGCUUCUAAGUAUAUCAUGUACUCCCAGUUUUCCAGUGUUUUUUAAUAACUGUAACUUCUUUGUUCUAUCUAUACCUCCUGCUACUGUGGGGCCUUCUCUCUGCAGAUGGAACAUAUGCAAAACUUCCUGUAUGAAAGGUACACAUGUAAAAUGUAGUGGCAUUCAGACCUAUGUUUCUUUAUUAAGAGGAUCUCACAGAACACUAAAAUAUCACUGGCAAAACUGUAUCCAUCAAGCAAGCCAUAACUAAUGUGUGACUAGAAAGCUACUAAAAUUGUUUAAACCCCAGUUACAUUUUAGGUGCUAAUAUUUAAAAUCUACUUGAGUGUGUUUCAAGUUCAAAUCCCAUCUUACAGUUUACAGCAUGUACAUUGUCUCAUGAUCAACUGUUUACAUCUGUUACAGGAAAGUAAGACACUAUUUUUUCUCUUAGAUAUUUACGCACAAAGAAGUUUAUUUGAUAGACUUUAUUUCUCAAUAACUUAUUUUUACUUUCUAAGGAAUAUCUUCUGCAUGUAUUAUGCUAUACAGACAAUAACAUUCCGAAAACAUCUCUUGUCUCCUUUAAUAAUGCCACAGUAGGAGGUAUUCACAUGGCCAUGAUUAAGAGAUUCACAUGAUCUUUGUUCAUAUCAUUCAAUAACAGUAAAAAUAUUCCACAUGCUGAAUUGAUGCCUUGAAAAAAAACCCAAACUGAAUUUACUGAAAGGCAAGCAAGUAAAAUUCUGAAGGACACUUUUUCUCUUCAGAAACAUAGAUUGGGCCAUUUUGGCCAGGCUCAUGUACUGUUCGACUUGGGGUUUUGUUUUCUUUGUAAGUGUUUCCUUUGCCUUCUGCUGAGAUUCUGUAUGCCAAAACAGUUCAUGAAGAGUGCCAUUAAAGAAAUACCUAUUUUUGUUUACACAGUUGUAAUAAACUGCACUGUUGCAACUUGA